GGCACAGCACGAAUUACGGAUGCGUCGAAAUAGACGCUGAUGUCGUGGCAGGUGGUGUGUCGCGUACGAUCAAAGUCGAAGCACGAGGUGGGAGCUGCUGGUGGCAUCCUGGAUGGAGGUGGUUGUUGCUGUGGGAAGGGAGCUGCUAGCGAUGGUGGUGGUGGUGCCGGCGUCGAGGAACAUGUGAAUGGUGGUGGUGGUUGCUGGCUGAGGGCAUCCGUUGACGUGCUUAGUGGCGUUAGAACGGGUGCCGGAAGAAUUGGCAUGGGGGGUGCAGCGAGUGCUGCCAAAUGCGAGGAUACUGGUGGUGGCGUGUUAGCAGGUAACUUGAUUAUCUCCAAUGGUGCUGCUGCCAUAGUGUCACACAAAGAUGCUAUGGCUUUCCUCAACCUUGAUGGCAUGGAUGACGACAAGUAG